CCAGGCCACAGCUGCCUGUCACUCUGUCACCCUCUGGCUUCCUGUUGGGGCCUCCCGGGUCCCUCCCCACAUUCAGGGCGUUCCUGUCCCUGACAGAGGGACCUGGACCGGGCUCUGCCCUGGCCGAGGUGGACAUGGUGCCCCUGCUGCUGCUGCUGCUGCUCCUGCUGUGGGGGGGGUCCCUGCAGCAGGAUCAAGGUUUCUGGCUCCAAGUGCAGGAAUCCGUGACGGUGCAGGAGUGCCUGGGUGUCCAUGUGACCUGCUCCUUCUCCUUCUCCUGGAGUUACUGGUUUUCCCCUGAGUAUCUCUUCAUCUACUGGUUCCGGGAAGGGGAUAACACCCGCCUCGGUGAGCCUGUGGCCACAAACAACCCACACAGACCAGUGAACCCACAGACCCGGGACCGAUUCCAACUCUCUGGGGAUCCCCAGAACAAGGACUGCUCCCUGAGCAUCAGAGACGCCAGGAUGAGUGACACGGGGGUCUACGUCCUCCGGCUGGAGGAAGAACACAGAAUAAAACACACUUACACAGAUAAGAAGCUGAAGGUGCAGGUGACAGCCCUGACAGAGAAACCCGACAUCCGCUUUCUGGAGCCUCUGGAGUCUGGCCGCCCCACAAACCUGACCUGCUCCCUGCCGCCAGUCUGUGAUGGGGGGAGGCUUGUCCAUUUCUCCUGGGCGGGGGCCGCCCUUGAUGCUGUGGACCCAGAGGCCCUUGGCUCCUCGGUGCUCACCCUCACCCCGAGACCCCAGGACCAUGGCACCAACCUCACCUGUCAGGUGAAACUCCAAGGAGCUCAGGUGACCACGGAGAGAACCAUCCAGCUCAAUGUCUCCUACGCUCCGUGGAACCUCACCAUCAACGUCUCCUUCAGAAAUGUCACAGUCCUCAAGAUUCUGCAGAACACCUCGUCCCUCUUCAUCUUGGAGGACCAGGCUCUGCAGCUGCUCUGUGUGGCCGACGGCAACCCCCCUGCACAGCUGAGCUGGUUCCGGGGGUCCCCAGCCCCGAAUGCCACCCCCAUCUCUAGCACCACAAUCCUGGAGCUGCCAGGCGUGGGGACGGUGCCAGGAGAAGUCACCUGUCGGGCUCAGAACCCGCUGGGCUCCCAGAAUCUCUCUCUGAGCCUCUUGGUGGUCUCCCCCCCGCAGCUGCUGGGUCCCUCCUGCUCCUGGGAGGACAGGGGUCUCCACUGCAGCUGCUCCUCCCGAGCCCAGCCCGCCCCCUCCCUGCACUGGCGCCUGGGGGAGGGGCUGCUGGACGGGAACUUCAGCAACGCCUCGAUCAAGGUCACCUCCAGCUCCACCGGGCCCUGGGCCAACAGCUCCCUGAGCCUGGGCGAGGGGCUCAGCUCCAGCCUCAGACUCAGCUGCGAGGCCCAGAACGUCUACGGGUCCCAGGGCGCCACUGUCCUGCUGCUGCCAGGAACAUCCGGGUCCCUGACAGGAGCGGUUCCUGGAGCGCUUGGAGGUGCUGGUGCCAUGGCCGUGCUGUCCCUCUGCUUAUGCCUUAUCUUCUUUUGCCUAGUCAAACGCCGCAGAAGGCAGGCAGCACGAACACCCAAGGGCAUGGAUGAUGAAGACCCCGUCAUGGGUACCGUGGCCUGGGGUUCCAGGCAAAAGCCCCGGCCAGACAGCCCCGCAGACCAAGCGCCGUCCCCUGCAGAGGAUGCUGAGCCCCCGGGGGAGCAAGAGGAGCUCCAUUACGCCUCCCUCAGUUUUCAGGAGAUGAAGUCGCGGGAGCCUGGGGACCAGGAGGCCACCAGCACUGAGUACUCAGAGAUCAGAAAAAGCAAAUGAGGACUCGCUGGAGCUCGGUCCUGGCCAGAGGCAUCACAGACUUUGCGGGAAGAAAAGAGAAGGCAGGGACUAGUGGAUGAAACCUUUGUGGCAAUCUUAGCAUUACCUCCUAUGUGAGUGUCCCCAGCAAGAGCAGAGAGAAGACAGGUGAUGGGAUUUGAGAGACGGGGGCUCAGAAGCAGGUUCCAGGCCUUUUUAAGGCACUGCUAACGAGCAGUUCAGGUCAUCUCUCCGUGCCUCAGUCUUCCAUUCUGUAAAUCAGAAAUCAUAUGUCCUACCUCAGAGUUGGGUGAGCAUUAAAGAGAGAACACAUACAAAUCCCAACAAAGCUCCCUUCCCACGGUGUGUGCUUAGCGCCUGCUGGUUUAUCUUCCUGGAACAGAAAGAUCCUCCUGGGAGGUUCUCCUGAGGCUGAGGGCGACUAGCACUGACCUGAAACAGAGAUACGGGCAGAUAUUUCCCCAGCAGAGAUGGGGUUUUUAUUCAGGAUCAGCCUAGAAUUGCAUCUCACGGUCAGCAACCAGGCGGGCCACGUGCAAGCUCAUGCAUGGUGAAGGGAGGAGACCGCUUUUAUAGAGGGGAUAAGGAAGCUGAGCGCCAUAGUAAACGAGUCUGUGGCUUUUCAUUUGCUGAGUCCUUGCUGGGGAAAGAAGAGGGGUCUUUCUUCUUCCGGUUGUGCUCUGCUGUCAUCACAGCUGGUGAGAGCUCCCCCUUCUGGUCUCCCAAUUCCUUUUAAUUGAGGCUUCUGUGUAUUAAUUUUUUACACCAGGCACAGAGGACAGGGGGGCAACCUGUUGUUGUCAUUCUCCUUCCCAGGACUCUUGGAAGCCUCCCCAGGGAAAGCGCAGCCCCUCAGCCUGGCAUUCGCUUCGUGAUAGACCAUCUUAACCUCUCUGGACUUGGCUCCUUGUCCUACUUUUAUCUGUCACUUCUUCAAGUUCAUUUCCUCACCUCCUGACUUCUAGUCACCUCCCCACCAUGUUUAUGGGCCCUAAAGGGUUCUUUCCAUCAGAGAGCUGACCCUUACUCUCCUGAACAAACCCGCUCCUGGCUCCCAGUACCUCACAGUCCUCAGCAUUUCAUGUCAUUCGUGACCUCACUGCUAGCCGCUCAUCCAUCCUCUCCUCUUGGCGCCUUCUUCCUUAAACCGUCCACACUACUUCAUGCCAGUGUCUUUGCAACUGAAGAUCUCUUUCCCAGAGUCCAGGCUGCCUUGUGUUCAUCUGCUGACACCUGUCCUUCAGCUCUGAGUUCGGGGACAGCUUUGGGUUAAGAGGGUGAGCUGAAGAGAGAACUCACACACUCUCUCCUCUAAAAUGGGAACUAAUUAAUUUUUUAAUAAGGAAGUGCACAUGGAGUUCCCGUUGUGGCUCGUGGUUAAUGAAUCAGACUAGGAACCACGAGGUUGUAGGUUCUAUCCCUGGCCUUGCUCAGUGGGUUAAGGACCCGGUGUUGCCGUGAGCUGUGGUGUAGGUUGCAGACGUGGCUUGGAUCCCAUGUUGCUGUGGCUCUGGUGUAGGCCGGUGGGUACGCUCCGAUUAGACCCCUAGCCUGGGAACCUCCAUAUGCCGCAGGAGCGGCCCAAGAAAAGGCAAAAAGGAAAAAAAAUAAAUAAAUAAAUAAAAGGAAACGCACUAUAUCAAAAACAGCCAAAGUUUCCCCAGCAGCACUCUAGUGUGAUUGCCUACCAAUAAGCCUUGUGGACUCUGAGUGCCUGACACUGGCAUCCAUUUGGGAGACACCCAUCUCGAAUAAACACAUUGCCACCAAUUACUAAAGAGCCAGGCGGCCCCACCCAACAUGUUCCCUUUUAGGAAGUCCUAGGUGGGAGUUCCCAUGUGGCUCAGUGGUAAUGAACCCGACUAGUAACCAUGAGGAGGCGGGUUCCACCCUUGGCUUUGCUCAGUGGGUUAAGGAUCAGAAAUGAAUCCGACUAGGAUCCAUGAGGACACGGGUUCAAUCCCUGGCCUUGUUCAGCCGGUUAAGGAUCUGGUGUUGCCAUGAGCUGAGCUGUAGGUCACAGACGUGGCUCAGAUGUGGCGUUGCUGUGGCUGUGGGGUAGGCCGGCUGCUAAAGCUCUGAUCUGACCCCAGCCUGGGGACCUCCAUAUGCCAUGAGUGUGGCUCUACAAAGACAAAAAGAAAAGAAAGCCCUGGGUGACUAGGUAACUGACCCCUGAGUGAGCUUGCUUUUCCCUUCUUAUGCCCUAAUUCUCAUUCUUACGUUUUAAAGUCACCAUAAACAGUGAACUCACAAGACCCUAGGGACCCCACCUUGUACCCCAGUAAAGGCAGAACCCAAGGCCCUUAUUUUAUCACUUGCCCCGUGGGUAUGCUGUGUAUCUUCUAGGACUUGUGAGUCGUGAGCCUUGUUUUUUGAAGUUCCCAGAUGAUUUUUGCUAAAGGGUGUCUUGCAAUCAUGACAAGAACCACAGGGGCCAGUCUGGCUACGUCCUUGACUCUGGUUGGGGAAAUGUCUGUGGGGCUGAUCACAAGUACAACAGGCCUAGGUGAGUGCCCCCUGCCG